AAGUGAAACUAGAGAAUUCAUCUUACGUGUUGAAUAAAUUUCGCAAAUUAUUUACUACUAAACGAGGAUAUAUAUUUCGUACUUAUAAGAUACUUAUAAAAAAAUCCUUAAAGCUUCUCUCUAAACCUCAAUUUAACACAAGAAUCACCAUCUUCAACAACCACCAUGUUCAUCCAAUUCUCCAUCCUCUUCCUCCUCUCCACUACUCCCUUUACAUAUCUAAUCAAAGCAAAACAAGACAAUAACAAUUUCGUACGUUCACUAGACCACAAAGCAUUAAGUUUGGAGAACAAAAAAGAGAAGCUAAGCCAUUUAAAGUUCUAUUGGCAUGACAUAGUUAGUGGAAACAACCCUUCAUCAAUAACAAUUGUUCCAUCACCUUUGAAAAACUCAGCCACUUCCUUUGGUUUUGUUAACAUGAUUGAGAACCCUUUGACCUUAGGACCUAAAUUGAGCUCAAAAUUGGUUGGAAAAGCACAAGGAUUCUAUGCCUCAACAUCACUUAGUGAGGUAGACCUUCUCAUGGCUAUGAAUUUUGCUAUUACUCAAGGGAAGUACAAUGGUAGCACCAUCACUAUUUUGGGGAGGAACCCUAUUCUUGAUAAAGUUAGGGAAAUGCCUAUAGUUGGUGGUAGUGGUCUUUUUCAAUUUGCUAGAGGAUAUGCUCAACUUAGAACUCAUUCGUUUUCAUCCAAGACAAAUGAUGCUAUAGUUGAGUACAAUAUUUAUGUGUUACAUUAUUAAUUGAUACUCCCUAGCUUAAAUUAUAAACAUAAAUUGGUUACAAGAAGUUGAUAAAUGCACUUUAAAAUUUAACCUAAAUAUAUAAGUAUUUUUUAACUCAUGUUUAGUUAUAUUCUUUAGCGGAUUAUUACUAUGGUACUAGUAAUUAUAUACUUUAUUUUUUUUAUCUUUUGAGGACAUAAUAAGCAUUCAGUUACAUCAAAGGAUGCUUUAGAAGAGAUGGAGUUGUGGUUGUCCUGCUCCACCCACCCGUCUAUGGUUUUAUAUAUACAUGGUGUAUUUUGUGGUUGAUAUGAAUGAUAUAUGCCAAAAUAAUUUAUUGUAUUA